UCAAUGCUCUGCAAUGCGUGAACAAUGUAUUGUCAUAGUGUGCGAUAUGAUAUUGGAAUUGAAUUGUGAUCUGGAGUGGGUGAUAUUACAGCAAUAGGGUCGUUAAAGGCCUAUUCCACUUGCUCUGCCGGGGUUAAGUCCAGUCGAAGAGAGAGUGUGCAGCGCGUCUGCUAGCUGUCUGGCAACUUGUUCCGAUUUUCAUUCUUACUUGAUGACAAGCAUGAUGGUACCAGUGGAAGCCAAGUCGAGUCCUUCAUAGAGAAUCUCGUAGGGUAACAACCCGAGCAGCCAACAUUUUUCGGAAUCGCGCGUAUAUAUAGGCUACCGCCCGAAAAACCACUACAUGCGUUCCUCUGACAAUUUCCCGCCCUUUUUCUGGGCGGGGUCUAUCCUGGUCCUCAUGGCGCUGGUGAAGAACAUUGCAGCUUCUGGUGAUGACUGCACUCCUCCUGGACGGUCUGAUCUGAAAUGUACAAUACUGCCAACACAGGCUUGUAAGGAUCGAGAUGAUAGCCUUUAUGUCCCAGCCCAACCUAAUGAUUAUCCUAACAGUGCAAGAGAUCUGAAAAUUGAUCAAUACCAGUUCCUGCAUACAAAUGGGAAAUACUAUACACGUCUCAAUAUAACCUUCAAAGGGCCUGACAGUGUCGACCUCCUUUAUGUAAAGGCAUUCGAAGUAAAGCUCACUAUAAUGAGUGGUGGUAGAGCAGGAACCUUUCUCUGCCGAAUACUAAAUUUGACAGCAGCAAAUAUUACUGAUGUAAACAGCAUGGUUCAGACAAAAUUUUCACUAUUUGGACUGACUGUGAUGCAGAAUACCCAAUAUCUUGUUAAUGUGCGGUCCCUCCCUGAACCAUCAACAACAAACUCCGAUGCCAAAGAUAUCUAUAAGUACAUCAACACACCUUCAGCUGAAAUACAAAAAGUUGAUAUAAAUAAUACGGCAAAUUGGGCAUUUUUCAUCGAAACUGUAUUUGACGAAAGAGAACUGACAGUCAGCUUCUCCAAACCACCAGAAGAAUAUAAAUUCACUCAGUUCUUGGUUCAGCUGAUUCGACACGAUAUUGUAAAAGACAAAAAAGUAGCUGUCAAAAGAGAAGUUACGGGUGACUAUUCUGUUGUGUUUGAGAAGAUAAAUUUACUAAUCCCAGGACUAUACCAAGUAGCAGUGGAGCCGUAUCUCAAUAGGAAAUGUCCAUGCAAAAUGAACGGAAGAUGUGAAAGUUGUUCGAUAUCAAUAACCAGUGAAUUCAACAUUACAUUUGGUAUUGGUACAGAAGCCCCUAUAGCUACAACAGUUCAAUCCAGUUGGCCUUCCUCCACUGUCAACACUCCUGGACAACCAGUCUCUGAACCCUCAACCAUGUCAACACAAGCACCAGCUGGUUUGGGUCUGUUGCUCGGAGUCAGCAUACCUGUCACCAUUAUCCUUGUGGCCCUUUUGGUGGUUGUCAUCAUUUUCCUCUAUAGACGCUGCGAGACAGGUGAAGAUCACUGUCCUAUCAUCAAAUCGCAGAAGGAACCAUUGCAAUCAGAUGGACCAGACGAUUUCUAUUGUUCUAACGUCAAUGGUGUACCUGUAAAAAGCCCUGGUCGGAGUCAGACACCACCCAUGCCGAUUGCUCUUAAUACGUCAACGACGAUUCUUCUUCUGUAUUAUGCUGAUGACGAGAGUCACAAGAGGGCUGUGUUCUGCCUUGCCGACUUCCUUGAAGGCCAUUGCUCUAUGAAGGUAUUCCUACAUGACCGUUGCACAAAUGACAUCUCGAGUAAAGGCCAAGACAACUGGGUGGUUGAAAAGAUAAAAAUGGUGGACUGGAUUGUCAUUCUAAACUCGGAAGGUGCCUAUGAGCAGUACAAACUUAUCACCAAGCCAUGUCAACAAGAUUCGUACAUUCUGAGUGAUAUGUUCCUGUGUGCCAUAAAGAUGUUGGAUAGGUACACUGAUGUUUACAAACACAAGUUCAUCAGUGCAUAUUUCCCCUACACAAAUAAAAAGGAUCUUAUUCUACAAUUCACACCAAAGGGAAUUCACUACAAACUCAUGGAUGACCUUGAACAGUUUUUCCUACGUGUGAAUAAUUAUGAGAAAUAUAAUAAGAAUGAGGUAAUAGAUGCUGCGAUUGCCAACAGUAGGGAGUACUAUUUUACUGAACCUGGGCGACAACUGAGAGAGAUAAUGAACUGGAAGAUGAAACAUACCUCUGGUACAUCAGGCGAAGCUGAUGUUGAACAUCAAAACAACUUUGAUUCGGGAAUAGAAUCUGGAUUUAAAAAUCACCCUUUUGGCAAUUUCAAGGCAAAUGUCAAGAACCUGAAGCCUGAAGGCCUUUUCGAUCCUAACUGGGGAGAUGGAGAUGACGAUUCUUCCGGCAGCUUAAGAGAUCCUGAUUCUUUGUCCUGUGGUUCCAUUGGAAGUGCUGGGAGAGCCGAAUUUGACAAGUUUUAUCGAGACUGCCCAGUGAAUGGAUUGUAUACUGAUUACCAAGGAAUGACCAGGCCUAAUUACCAACAGGAAGCCAAUGAUAUUGAUGUUAGCAGCAUAGUCCCGAUGGAUAUAUGAGACUACACUCAUGUGUGAUGUAGCUUGGAGUGCUCUGUCGAAGGGACAACAAGUGACAUUCAUUCUCCACAAUAUUCAAGUGUAUUUUCUUUGACAUUAUUGGCUUCCAUGUUGCGACGUCACUGAACUAUGGGCAUAUUGUAAUUGGAAUGAGAGACAGCCUUGGUGUCGUACUCACUAUGCAGGAAGCAUUUAAAACCUAGAGUCCUAUGCAGUCCAAUUUUUCAUCCUAAUCGUCCCAGACAACAGGAGGAGUCCUGUCCACUGAGUCGGGAGUGUUUUCAAACCAUAUAUCAAGCUUUCACUUGACAAGAGGCCCUAUAAAUAUUAUAGGGUAGUAAACAAAUCCCCUGCUCUCGGUCAUGGAGGUCAAUCAUUCAAGCAGGGAUGGAAUUUUAGACCGGCCUGCCCCAUCCCACUUCGUCAGCCUCGGCGGACUAGGAUGGAAUAUUAACGUCAUCAAAUAAUUCUAGUUUCGUUCAUGUACAAGAAAAAUGGAUAGGUCGCAGGAAGAUAUAAACAUCUACAUGUAGAAUUAUUUAUAGCUUUGCCUUAUAUGUUGGUAUAACGUUCGCCAGUUUUUAGCUCACCUCUUAGCAGAGGUGAGCUUAUCCCAUACCGUGGCGUCCGUCGUCCGUCGUCGUCGUCGUCGUCGUCGUCGUCGUCGUCGUCGUCCGUCGUCCGUUAGCAGGGCACGUUUCGUAACUGUUAGAGCUAUUGAGUUGAAACUUGGUACACAUGUACCCUUAUGUAAUGACACCUUGGAGACCAAGUUUCGGUCCGAUUCGUUUCAUGGUUUGGCCACCAGGGGGCCAAACGUUAAAAGUGAAAAUAUGCAAUAUCUCCCUUAAUAGUAGUCGGGAAAAAAUAUGGUAGGUACUUCUAGCAAAGGUGCAUCAUAUAUCCUCCGGGUUUUUGAUUUGCCCUCCUUUUCAAGGUUAACAGAGGUCAAAUAGUGUAAAUUGGCCGUUAGGAUGUAACGAUGGCACGUUUCUAAACUGCAAUGACUAUUGAUCCCAAAUUUGGUACACAUUUACCCCUUAGUCAGGUAAUCUCAGGGACCGAAGUUUGGUCCAAUAUGAUUCACCACUUGACCACCAGGGGGCAAAAUCCAAAAACCUUAAAAAUUUGAUUAUUCCUUAACUUCUUGCCCGAUUGCCACCAAUUUGAUAUCAUGGGUACAUCUAACCGCCAUACAAUAUAUGUCACACAGGUUUUUAAUUUGACCUUCUUGUCAAGGUCACAGAGGUCAAAUGGCGUAAAUUGGCCGUCAGGCCGUAACUAUGGCACGUUUCUUAACUGCAAUGACUAUUGAUCACAAAUUAAGUACACAUGUACCCCUUGGUCAGGUGGUCUCAGGUACCGAAGUUUGGUGCGAUCUGAUUUGCCGUUUGGCCUCCAGGGAGGGGGCCAAAUCGUAAAUUCUUCAAAAUGCCAUUAUUCCUAGUAUUACUUGCCUGAUUGGCACCAAUUUUAUAUCAUAGGUACAUCUAAUUCUAACAACCAUUCAAUGUGUCACCCGGGUCUUCUUUGAUUUGACCUACUUUUCAAGGUCACAGAGGUCGAAUGUACUGUAAAUUGGCCAUUUUGGGGAAAUUGUAAUUGCUUGGACCUACAUCAAACCUAACACUACAUGACACAAUACCAUGCUCUUUAUCCAUCUUUCCUCCACAUGAGGUGAGCACAAUGGCCCUGGCCAUUUCAUUUAAUCUGACCCAAGAAAAGUUUCUUGCCAGUAGAUGUGCACUUUACUGAUUAAAAACCAGGUAUAAUAGUUUUAAAUGUCCUUAGAUAGAUUGUCCUUAGGAUAAACAAAAUCUAUAAUGCACUUUUAAUUUCUGAGGCAUUGAUAACCAUUGAUCUUUAAAGAGCCAAACCUUACUCCAUCGCCAUAAAAUAGGAAAUGAUACUUUUUACAGGGGACAUUUAAGACUGCUACACCUGUAUUAUAUAUUUCACCUAAGAUAGCUUAUAUUACAGGUAUUAUAUUAUAGGUAUUAGUAUUAGUUAUGAAUAUAGCGCUGGAGGAAAAAUAACGAAAAUCUUUUUGAUACAAACACCAUUUUGAAAACGAUCCUGCUCUGGACCCAGUAGCUGAGGCGUUGGUGUCAAGUCCCAAGCUGCUACCUAUAGUGGAGAUACAUGUAACGCUCAUAGAUUAGCCAAAAGCUGGUGGUUGUCACGGUUGUCUCUAUCAACGAUUGAGCAACUAGAUCUGAGACUCUUGCAUGAAUAUUGCUAAGAGCCCAGUCCGUCCAUCUUAACAGGCCUGGGCCUUUCAUGUGAGGUCUGUUGUUGUCUAUCCUGCUGGACAGGAAAGAUGAAUAUUGUGUUAUGGUCUCUUCAAUGUUACAUGAUCUCAGUGCUGUUAUUUCUUAGAUUUAGAGGAGGUAUUUCUUAAAGCACUUUUAAUGAUAAUCCCAUGGUUCUGGUAUGGUGGUUCUUGGAAUAAUUUACACACAUUCAACGGACAGGUUGUCUUUAUAAUUUUCGAAGACGGUAUUCUACUAACGUAGGUCAGAUGAACCUACACUGAGCUGUAAGUACAUGUAGAAAAGAUCUCUCGGAAGUAGUUCAGUACAAGAAGACUAGCGAUGUACAAUGUAUUCCACUCUGUUAUAUAUGUAUCAUAUAUGUGCACGGGAAAUAAACUAAUAUCUG